AUGGAUAUCCCAAUGGCCCAUCUAAUACCUGAUUGUCUGCGAGUGGAUUACAAACCCAAAUGCAAACGUGGAAAACGCGGGGGAAUCAGACAACGACUUAAAAAAAUUAAGAACAAACCUCCCUUACCCACCACCUUGCUGAUUAAUGCCCAGUCACUGAGGGGGAAAGCGGAUGAGUUGUCAGCGAAUCUGCGCUUCCAACACGAAUACCGGGAGGCCUGUUUGCUGGCAUUUACUGAGACUUGGCUGGAUGACAGAGUCCCGGACAGAGAAGUGGAGCCGGCCGGCUUCACCCUGGUCAGAGCGGACCGCGAUCUGACAGUCACAGGGAAACUUCACGGCGGGGGCGUCUGCCCGCUUGUCAGGGACCAGUGGUGUAAAUCGAUCCUGGGGAACUCUACUGGAUGGAGAAUGGUGAGGAACACAUCGAGAGGAAUCCUUUCAGAGUGUAAUACUGACUGGGGAAAACAACAAGGGUCUUCAUGCAUCGUGUCACUAAUACCAUCACACAGUGGAGUGUACUGGUGUGAGUCUGGGUCUGGAGAACACAGCAAUGCUGUCAACAUCACAGUACCUGAUGGAGCUGUGAUCCUGGAGAGCCCUGCCCUUCCUGUGACUGAGGGAGAUUCUGUGACUCUGCGCUGCAGAUAUCAGGGAACUCCCUCUGACCUCACAGCUGUUUUCUACAAAGAUGGAUCCCUCAUCAGGGCUGAGUCUUCAGGAGAGAUGACCAUCCCUGCAGUAUCCAAGUCAGAUGAAGGACUCUACAAGUGUACCAACUCUGAAGGAGAAUCACCAGAGAGCUGGAUGACUGUGACAGGUGAUCAUGUUGAAGAAGAGUGAGGCUGAGAUCACCUGAUCACCAUAACAACCAUCAGAAUGGAACUCAUGGAAUUCUAAUAUAGAACUGUGAGUCACAAUGCUGUAUGUUGUUACAUUGUAGCUCCACCUGCUGGAACAAUAGUGGCAUUUGAUCAAAUGUGAUCUAUUAACUGAUACAUGUAUUAUUCUGAUUGGAAUGUGUUUUAAUAUAAUGUGUGUUGUAUUAUUCAUUCAGCAGCUCUCCUUUAACAUCAGUCAUAUACUGGUCAUAUACUGCAUAGCAUUAUGGUUGAUACAUUGUAAAUGCCUUAACUUUUCAUGUCUAUACAGAUCAACUGAUAGGUGUUGCCCUGAUAGUCUCCCGGGUGGCGCAGUGGUCUAGGGCACUGCAUCGCAGUGCUAGCUGCGCCACCAGAGUCUCUGGGUU